UCCCUCAUUGUUUAGUGACAUAAUUCCAAAUCACCUAAAUCCCAUUUGAAUAUGAUUAAAGUUCUGUUAUCACAAUCUGUCAUUCCAGAAAUUAAUCCAAAGGCUCAUGAGCAUGGGAGCCUCAGAUUCUUCUACAAGCUCCCAAUCCCUAAUUGAACAUCAACAACAAGAACUAGAAUCACAGCCUCAAAUUACCACCAAGAAUCCCAAAAAACUUGCCCUUAUCCCACUAGUUUUCCUUAUCUAUUUUGAGGUCUCUGGAGGUCCUUAUGGUGAAGAACCAGCAGUUGGUGCAGCUGGUCCACUCUUUGCCAUUCUUGGCUUCCUCAUCUUCCCAUUCAUUUGGAGCAUCCCUGAGGCCCUUGUCACCGCUGAGCUGGCCACCGCCUUCCCCGGAAAUGGUGGUUUUGUCAUCUGGGCACACCAGGCCUUUGGACCCUUCUGGGGCUCCCUAAUGGGAUCUUGGAAAUUCCUCAGUGGAGUCAUCAAUUUAGCUUCAUAUCCUAUUCUUUGUGUUGACUAUCUCAAGCUGGUAAUCCCAAUUUUCUCUUCAGGCCUUCCUCGUUUUUUCGCAAUAUUUGUAUCAACUGUAGUGCUCUCAUGUUUGAAUUAUUCUGGUUUGAGUAUUGUUGGUUACACUGCAGUAGGUUUAGGAAUAGUGUCACUAUGUCCAUUUAUAGUAAUGUCUUUGGUUGCAAUUCCCAAGAUUGAUCCUAGCAGAUGGAUCAGUUUGGGUCAAAAGGGUGUGGAAAAGGAUUGGACUUUGUAUAUAAACACCUUAUUCUGGAACUUAAAUUUUUGGGACAAUGCUAGUACAUUAGCUGGUGAAGUUGAACAACCCCAAAAGAUGUACCCAAAAGCACUUUUUUCAGCUGGCAUUCUCACAUGUUUGGGGUACAUAGUUCCUCUCCUAGCUGCAACUGGUGCUAUUCCACUUGAACAAGAAGAUUGGGUUGAUGGAUAUUUAGCUUCAGCUGGAGAAGUGAUUGCUGGCAAAUGGUUGAAAUACUGGAUCGAAAUUGGUGCUGUUUUAUCAGUCAUUGGACUGUUUGAAGCUCAGUUAAGUAGCUGUGCAUACCAGCUUUUGGGCAUGGCAGACUUGGGGAUUUCACCGCUAAUUUUUGGGUCACGGUCCAAAUGGUUCAACACACCUUGGUUAGGAAUUCUCAUUUCAACAGUUUUCGCACUAUCGGUUUCUUACUUGGAUUUCGCAGACAUUAUAUCUUCUGCCAAUUUCCUGUACAGUUUGGGAAUGCUAUUAGAAUUUGCAUCUUUUCUUUGGUUGAGAGUGAAGUUUCCAGGUCUAGGAAGGCCAUUUAAAGUUCCAAUGGGCAUGAGAGGGUUGAUCGUCAUGUGCUUGAUUCCAUCAGGGUUUUUGGUCUAUGUUCUGGCUGUGGCUACCAAAGCUGUUUAUUUGGUUAGUGCAUUGAUGACUCUGUUUGGAAUUGUGUGGUACUUUUUUAUGAAUCUCUGCAAAUCAAAGAUGUGGUUUGAAUUUAACAAGGGUGAACAAAAAUUGGAAUACGAGGACAUGAGUGAGUGAGCUGUUCUAUGCGAGCCAUUUUGACAUUGUUGAAGUAGGAGUCUCACUUUUGAAGCUACUUGACGGCUCCUCAAUCACUCUGCUCUACUAAAAAACUUCGUAUUAGGGAUGGCAAAAAUCUUCAUCGGGUAUUCGACCCUAACGGGGAGAAAUCGGGUAACGGGGAUGGAGAUCCCCAGUAUUCGAAUUUUAAAAUCAGGUACGGGCGGUGAUGGUAUUUUAAUCCCCAUCCCCAUACCCACUUAAUAAGAAUUAUCUGAAAUAAAUAUAUAUAUAUAUAUAUAUAUAUAUAUAUAUAUAUAUAUAUAUAUAUAUAUUAUUUAUUAUAUAUAUUUUUGAUAUUAUUUAUAAAUAAAUAGUUAUGUAAACUUCAUCUUUUUGUCAAUAUUUACAUUGUGUUAAUAAAUAUGUUCAAAAAAAAAGGAAGAUUCUUUUAAUAAAAGAUCUUUAUCAACAUGUCAAUUUUCCUUGAUUGAAAUAAAAAAUUUAUUUUAUUUUGAUGUUUGAUUUUAGCUUCAUAUUUUACAAUCCAAAAUUAUUUGUAUGAAUUUUUAUAUAGUAAAUUAGUAAUAUUGUUAACGGGGAUUGGGGCGGGAACAUGGACCUAAUCCCCAAUGGGGACGGGGACGGGGACGGGGACGGGGAAUCCCCAGUAUCUUAUUACGGGGAUUGGGGCGGGUAAGGGAUGGGGAAUGAAGUCAGGUAUGAGAAUGGUAAUUCAAUCCCCUUACCUUACCCUUCCCAUUGCCAUCCCUACUUCGUAUUGAAGAGAAACCAGAUGAGCUUGUAGUUGAAAAUCCCUCAGCAACAGUAACUACUACCACUACUUCCCAGUAGCUGCACUAAAAUCCAUUGUUUGUAGUACAAUGAAUAGAACUUCCUGUCUUUUGUAAGUAAAGAUGUAAUUAAGAAGUGUUGGUUUGUAUGUUUUAACAGUUGGUAGUUCAAUGAAAAAGAUAAUCAGCUAUUCUAGUUUA